GUAUUCCUUCUCCUAUGGUAACUUGGUGGCGAGAGUCAGUUCUGGUGGACGAGAGUUUCUCACAGACCAGCCAGGGUUAUGUGCGGAACGAGCUUGUCCUGCCAAAGCUACACAGGAGUGAUUUACUUAUAAGCUACACCUGUCAAGCCACCAAUACCAACCUUACUGUACCUGUAUCGGCAUCUGUAACGAUAGACAUCAAUCUGAAGCCUCUUGAUGUCCGAAUAACGACUAUUCAGAGGCCUUUCUCAGCAGGGCGCAAGAUCCAACUAACCUGUGAGAGCUCUGGGGCUCGACCUAGGGCGCAACUCACUUGGUGGAUUGAUAACAAAAGGAUCCAAGCCGGGAAAGAAACAUUUUCAGAUAAUCUGACAUCCAGUUCGCUUACCUUCCUUCCUAAAGCAGAAGACAAUGGAAAGAUAUUGUCUUGCAGGGCUCAAAACCCAGCACUAUCCAAUAGCGCAAUAGAGGAUGGAUGGACCUUAACUGUUUAUUUUGUUCCGGAACUGAAACUUGCACUGGGUGCAAAUAUCCAACCGGAUUCCAUCAGGGAAGGUUCCGACGUGUUCUUUGAGUGCAACAUCCGUGCCAAUCCUAUGGUCAAUGAAGUCAAAUGGCGUUUCGAGGGAUACUCUUUGUACAGCAACACUUCUGCGGGCAUUAUUGUGUCAAAUUAUUCUCUUGUUCUGCAGAAAGUGCGGAAGGAAAACAGAGGCUGCUAUCAAUGCAUUGCCGUCAAUUCUGAAGGUGAAGGGCGCAGUGAGGAGGUCAUGCUGAAAGUGAAAU